ACAGUCGACUGAAAGCAUGUGUGAGCGAAACAUGUUGCUAGACGGUUUUUACUCAACUCUGAUAGAUGAGUUUCCUUGGAUAGUUAGAAAUAGGUAUACUGGUUUAUCGAAAAUAUCGUGUGGUGCCCAAGGUAUUGUCUGUUUGGCAAAGGAUAAUACUUCGAAAAAUGUUGUAAUCAAAAAAUUACUUCGGCCUUUGGAGUCAAAUGGAAAUGCUAAAAGGUCUUUAAGAGAAAUACUGAUUUUAAGAUGUCUACGACAAGAACCCCACCCUCAUAUUAUAAACUUCAAGGAAGUCUACACCACUGAUACUUCACCAUCGUCAUUGCGCAAUAUUUAUUUGGUGACUGAAUAUAUUGGUAAAGAUCUUGCAGCUAGUCUGAGAGAAGUUGGAAGAUAUAAUGAAGGUGAUGCCUUAAAAAUUACUAGUCAAGUCUUAAGUGGUUUGGCUUAUCUUCAUUCUGGGGGUAUUUUGCAUAGAGAUCUUAAACCCAGUAACAUAACUAUCAGUGAUAAUUUUGAAGUGAAAAUAUUUGAUUUUGGACUCUCCAGAUCAGCAAGUGAUGAAAUGUCAGGGUAUGUUGUUACCAGGCCAUAUAGAGCUCCCGAAAUCACGUGUAAUGGUAAUUACUACAAAGCUAACGCAGAUGUCUGGAGUGUUGGGUGCAUACUAAUGGAACUUUUGACAGGACAAAUUCUCUUCCAGGGAACUUCUUCUAUUGAGCAUUUCAAAAAUAUCAUUAAUUUUGUUGGAACACCAAACGAUUCAGUUCUUUCAAAAAUACCAUCGGCUAUCAACUUCAUUAAAAGCCUAAAUUAUAGACAUCCAGUUGACCUUCAUGAUUAUAUUCCACAUGUUCAUGAAAGUAUUAUUCAGUUAUUGCAAGCAAUGUUGAGGUUUGACCCAGAUGAUAGACCAUCAGCCAAAGAAGCCUUAAAACACGACAGUUUCCGGUAUUUCGGAGCGACCACCUACGUAGCAGAUUGUGAUUAUAAUUGUCCUAUAUGGGAAGUUCAUUUUGAUAGUCAAACUUUAGAGUUAGAAAAUUUGAAAGAAUUAAUUUGGAAUGAGUGUCAGAAAGGAUAG